AUGGAUAUAUUUUAUUCGAAUUUACGAUCGGGCCCCGUACGCUUUCCUCGAGAAGUCACAGAUAUAGAUGGGCAUGUACAUGAUGUUGUAGAAUUGUCAAAGGAAUACACAAUAGUGAUCAUUACUAUUAAAUCAACAAAAUGUCCAGUGUGUCCAGAACUGCUCAAGUUACUGAACUUUCUUGGAUUGCAUGACACGCCGCCGUCUAAAUUCGAGGAUCCUUUCAGUUUUGUUACUUUGACAGUACCGCCGCACGAAGUCAAGUCGAAUCGCAUUUUACUGAGAUUGGAUGCCUAUUUUAUAAUAGUAUGCCCAGGUCCGGUCGGGGAAGUGCGACGUCUUCGCCAAAAGUGCGAUUUUGAAGCUUAUCCGUAUCCAUUUAUAGCAGAUGAAGAUAUGUCUUUGGCUACUCAAACCGGCUUGCGAAUGUCAGAGACUGAAAUGAUUCCGGUUAUCGCGUAUGUAGAACCAGCAUCACACAGGAUCGGUCAGGUACAGUUCGGACGUAGUGGAGGAAGUUACGGACACGCCGAGCUGCUAAUCUAUUUGAAAAGAAAGAGAUUUAUGCUAGAGAAUAAAGCGAGAAGGGCUGUAAAGGGAGCGGAGGAAUUUAUCCUAGCGCUAGAACGGGUUAGAUCAGCAGAGAAGAGUAAACGAAUGACUAGGAAUGAAAAACGAAAUUCGGAAUCAAGUACACAAGAAGCAAAACCACAAUUAAACAUGCAAUCUACACGACACGACACAAAAGAAUUCUAUGCCGGAUCGGUAUCCUUGCCGACAGAACUCCUCUUUGCCGUUUUCGAUUACCUGCCUAUGAUGGAAAUUGUCAGAUCGGUUAUCGCUACUUGUCACCAAUGGAGGGCAAUAGGGUUCGAAAUGUUAUCACAAAAAUUGCGUCGACAUACCAACGAAGUUUCCGAAGCAUUGUCGUAUCAUGAGCGACAGGACUUGCAUGUGAGGAGUGUCAGAAGGACUACUGUAGAGGCAAACGGAAGCAAUAGUCCAGAUGACGUUGUUAACAGUACUGAGUUAGAUCGGAGGUUAUCGCAUUUGUUGGACAUUAUUGCUGCUGCCCGACAA